CUUGACUGCAUUCCUCUUCCCCCUCCUUGUCCUCCAUUUAUAAACUCCUUUCUUCACCCUCUCUCCAUUCUUCCCCCUCCCCCCCUCCGCCUCAAUUUCCGCCAUGAUCAAGACCCUCUCUCUCUAUGGACUCUUCCUCCUCCUCCUCCCCACCCUCGUUGCUCCUCAGCCCCCCUCCAAUGACCAAACCGAUCAGCUCAACAACUUCACCCCUUCCAUGGCAAUCAUCAUCGUCAUCUUGAUCGCCGCUCUUUUCCUCAUGGGCUUUUUCUCCAUCUACAUCCGCCACUGCGCCGAUUCUCCCUCCGGCAGCGUUCGCCCCUUGGGACUCGGUGCUUCCGUCCGUCGUUCCAGGCGUGCUCCUCGCGGUCUCGACCCGACAGUCAUCCAGGCCUUUCCCACCCUUCAGUACUCUCUCGUCAAGAAUCACAAGAUCGGCAAAGGCGCCCUCGAGUGCGCCGUCUGCUUGUCCGAGUUCGAAGAUUCCGAAACCCUGCGUUUGAUACCCAAGUGCGAUCACGUCUUCCACCCAGAGUGCAUCGACGAGUGGCUGGCUUCCCAUACCACCUGCCCCGUCUGCCGAGCCGACCUCGUUCCUCAGCCCGAUCAGUCCGUCCGCGGAGUUCCGAGCGUCGACCCCGAUGCCGUGGACCUUGAAGCUCAAAACCAAGUCGUGGAACCAGAGCCCGAGCAACAACAUACUAUGGAGGCUUAUCCCGAACCGGCGGAGCCCGAAGUUCUAUGCCUCAAUCAGACGAUGAGACGGAACCGCACGCGAGGGUCUCGAUCGGGUCGGACGCGGAGGUUUCCCCGGUCGCACUCGACCGGGCACUCGUUGGUCCAGCCGGGCGAGGACACGGAACGUUUCACUCUGAGAUUGCCCGUGGAAGUGAGGAAUCAGAUAUUGAACCGGGAAUUACAUCGGUCUACAAGCAUGGUUGUGUUGCCGAGGGAAGGUAGCUCGAGACGGGGCUAUCGAAUUGGCGGUGAUGGCAGCAGCAGAGGGAGGUAUUCGAGGCGGCUGGACCAUGGUAUUAAAUCGGACCGAUGGGUUUUCACGAUGGCGCCGCCGUUCCUUGUGAGGGCAUCGUCCAUCAGGUCCCCGAAAGUGGGAGGGAGAGCCGGUGAAGGAACCUCCGCUCAGCCGGUCGUGCCGGCGGCGGCGGGUGCGGCCAGGCCUCUGGUUUAACGGUCGCUUUGCCUGUGCACUCACCCAACAUUUUUUAAUCUACACAUCUUCUUUAUCUCUUAUAGUCAACUGAUUUCCUCCCCCCUCUUUUUCAUAAUCUGCGGACAUUUUGUUGUAGCUCCAAAAUGUAUAAAAUGUGUAUAACAAUAUAAUAUUUUUUUUAA